AUGCUCAGUCUGAUUGUCUUAAUCUUGGCUUCGCUAACACUUGCCCAAAAAACGAAAUUUUUAGGGCCAUUAAAUGUAAAUGAAGCAAGCCGAUACAGUCAAUGCGCUGAACCAAAUCGAACCAUUUACGACUUUCGUGUCUUAACACUGAAUAAUGAAACCAUGGAUCUGAGCCAAUAUCGGGGACAAGUCUUGCUGAUUGUCAAUGUGGCAACUUUCUGCAGUUUCACGAUGCAAUAUCUGGACUUUGCCCCACUGCUUGAACAAAAUAUGCAGUCUGGCUUCACAAUACUUGCAUUCCCGUGCAAUCAGUUCGCUUUGCAAGAACCGGCACGAGACGACGAGUUGUUGAAUGCAAUCAGAUACGUGCGUCCGGGAAACAACUUCCAACCACAUCAAAAUUUGCAUAUUUUUGGCAAAAUUGAAGUCAAUGGCGAGAAUGAACAUCAACUGUAUUCUCAUUUGAAAGCAUGUUUUAAUUAUUAUUGUUAUAAUACAAACUUUUGUCCACAAACAGUCGACACGUUAGGAAAACGAGAAUAUAUGAUGUGGGACCCGGUAAAGGCCAGUGAUAUUACAUGGAAUUUUGAGAAAUUCUUGGUUGAUCGGCGAGGACGGGUUCGAUAUCGUUUCCACCCGACAGCCUGGGGUAAUGGUGAAGUAGUUCAGGCAUUCAUUCGACAACUUUCGGCUGAACCAGCAUAA